CACUGUUUACUUCCUGGAAAGUCCCUCUUUCUGCCAGAUAACCACCAUAAUACAAAAGUGCAAAACGUAUUAUUCGCUGUAUAUACCAAUCAAUUACUUGAGAAUGAGCAUUCUGGAUUUCGAGCUUUGCUUAGAGAUGAUAAAGUAGAGGAUUUAUCUUGAAUGUAUAGGCUAUUCCAUGGAAUUCCUAAUGGAUUGGAACCUGUUGCAAAUAUGUUUAAACAGCAUGUCAUUGCUGAAGGCAUGGACCUGGUGCAACAGGCUGAAGAUACGGCAAGUAACAUGGCUGAAAGUUCGGGCUCAGGGGAGCAGGUCUUUGUUCAAAAGUUGAUUGAGCUUCACGAUAAGAAUACGGCUCGUGUUACGUAUUGUUUUGCUAAUAACUCUCUCUUUCAUAAGGCUCUUGUGGUGGCAUUUGAAGUCUUCCGCAGCAAGAUUGUAUCGGGAAAUCCAAGUGCGGAGCUCCUUGUUGUCAUAAUAUUCCUAAGAAAGGUGAGAGUGAAGCUCCAUUGUGACGCUAUUGGGGAGAUUGGAUAAGUUAUACAAUGAAUUAACGGAUGAUACUAUAAUACAGUCAGGCCUCUCUAUAUAACCACCAUGACAUUUCGCAAUUAUGGCGCCGGCCAAAUGCUCUUUGGAACUAAUUUUUUUCAUGUUAUGCUAUGUUAUAUGUUCUCUAUAAUAGUAUUUCGCUGUAACAACUAAGUAAUUGUUGUUUGGGUUUAAAACUUUUUUGACGCAUAACA